AUGGAUACCCCCGCCAUCCCGCCGCCCAAGGAUGCGCGAGAGCAGGAGAUCCUGGAGAAGCUGCAGGCUAUCCGGGACCAGCUCCUGUUGCUCAAGCAAGACCGCACCAAGUAUGUCCGCAGCCAGGACGUCAUGGUGCUGUACGACCAGACCGCCGCGCAGGUCCGGUUACUGAACCAGAUCCGCGACGGAAAGCACACCCAGGAGAACAGAUUGGACAAGGUCCUAGAGAGCUGCUUCCAGCUCCUCUCGCUCUUCUUCAUGACCAUCGGCCGGACAAGCGAAGCCCCGGCUGCCUACGCCCUGACGUCCACGAUCAAGCGGCUCACCGACCACCUGGCCGAGGCCGACCUCUUCUCCGCCAAGGAUCUCGAGAGCAUGAACCACACGCUCGAGAGGCUCACCGAGAUCGUGAACACAGCAGAGAACGACAACAUGGUUGAGCUUUUGGCGCGCCGCAUCGAGCUGUGCCGGACGUCGCUCAACAAUCUCCAGAAAAAGCUUGACCGACAAGCAGAGCCGCUGAGGCCGAUCUAUGAGAAGCUAGUGUCUAUUCUAAGGUCGAUCUCGCUCAAUAACACCCGGAAAUGCUUCUCGUCAUCCGAUGUCCAAAAGCUACGGUCGCAACUAAAAGACAUUGACGAGAAGAGGGUGGAUGGGCACUUCCGCGGAGAAGACGGAAGCGUGCUGGCAGGUAGCGAUGAGGUCGAGGACCUCUUGCGGAGGUGCCUGCUCUGGUCUGACAUAGUACUUGAGAGGAAGGGGGUGAUUCCGGAACCUUUCAAGCCGAUAUACGACGUACUGAUCUCGAUCCGCAAUGACCUGGACAAGCUGUCUGUAACGCAAGCCUGGUCAUUGCGUGAGACGGAUUUGUACGAUUUCCAGCGCCAGCUUGACAAGAUCGACGAGAGCAGGGUGGACGGGAACUGGCUUGACGAUCAAGGGAAGCCGGCAGAGCUCUACGUUCAGCGGACAAUGCUCUACCUGAUCCGGAGGAGCUAUGGCUUCAUCUACUCCUUGAUGAUCUCGUCUGAGCCCGUGUCAGAAGCUUUGCUCCCUAUCUACAACCAGCUGCAGACUCUGAAGCGAUGCCUGCUCGAGGUCAAGAACUCUGGUGGUGUUGGGUCUGUUCGCGAGCUGUAUCCUUACAGCAUGAAGCUCCACUCCAUUGACAACAUGCGGGUAGAUGGCAAGUUCAUGGUGGGUGAAGACAUUCCCGAGGGACAGGGCAGUGUCACCGAACUCCUCGCGGAGUGCUUCGAACUCAACUACGAGCUGAGGGUGGCCGCGGAAGAGAAGGAGGAGAACGAAGCUUCUGAAGACUAA